CGUUGUGUUCUGUCCUGGGCCAAAAACCAAGCCGGAGUGACACAACCAACUGCACACUGGACCGAGGAAGAACGUCAACGAGUCUGCCAACAGCUAGCGCCGGUCAUUUCCCACGUUCGAUUGUUUCUCAUCGAUAGUCAAGUGUUUGCCGAGGAGGUUGAACCAACGGGAGCCGUUCCGAUUGAGCUCUCCCUGGAACGGUAUCGUCGGGCGGCUCUGCACUCCAACAAACUUCCUGCUUCUGCUGUGCCUAUUCCGACUGGACCAUUGGCCGAAAACGACAAACGCCUGCAACCAAGACUGAUGUUGAACCUGUUCCAUGGUUCGGCGAUUCUGAAAAACGAUAAGAUCCACAUGCAAGGCACACUCAAUGGGUUCUACGGUGCGCCGAAGCAAACCUGGCGCCUGGUCUAUCGUGCAUCAACCAACGGUUUUUCCGCUGCAGCUUUUCACCGACACUGCGAUGGAGUCGCACCGUUGUUUAUCAUAGCUUUGGGAACACAAGGCGCCAUCAGCGGAGGAUUCACGGACGUGGCAUUCGCCAAAACGAACCGAAAAGGAGGUUACAUUCAUUCGGAAAAGGCAUUUCUGUUUGCCUUGAACUACAACAACGAUCCACCGAUGAAAUUCGAUAUUGUGAAGAAACCCUACGCAAUUUGCUAUCAUCCAGAUUGUGGUCCCAUUUUCGGUGCCGGAGCUGAUUUACUCAUAUCGAACAAUUGCAAUGUGAGUAUGGAAUCCUAUUCAAAUUUUCCCCAUUCGUACGAUGGACCUAAUGCUGUAUUUGGGAACUUGUUCGGUGAGUAUAACUUUUCCAUUGCUGACUAUGAAGUAUUUACGUUGGCUCCUACGGCGCCAUCCGGAAUUAAAAUGAAACAUGAUCGGUACCCCUGAGCCUGCAAAAGAUAAUUUAAAAUGGUUGCAAUACAUAUUUUGCCGGCGAGGUUAUAGAUGUUAGAUUAUUAUAAAAUGUAUGAAAUGUCUGAAUAGCAUUUGUAUAGAAAUAAGUACUCAUAUAGCAAUAACAUAUUUUGCUCAAUACCAUUCAUCAAUUUA